AUGAUGAUUGUAACUGUGUUGCUUGUAAUUUGAGAAAUAUAAUUAAAAAAUAGCUAUUUAAAACUUUUAUUUUCAGUGGUAAUGGUAUAAUGUGACUUAGUGAAUGUUGUUUUGUAUAAUAUUCUUCGUCUUUGGGUUAUGUCAAAUCUACAAGGCUAUCCCAUUACCAUAAUUUCCCAACAUUCGCAAUCUUCAUGCCUGGAACUUCCUGCUUGAGAUGAUACUUGUCUUGAUCUAGUAACUAGUUUUUUUAAAGAUGGAUUCAGGAACAGAUUGGUUAUGUGAGAUUCUGCAAAAUGUACAGCUUGAACAAUUUUAUUUACCAAUAAGGGAUCAACUACAGAUAACAAGAUUAGCACAUUUUGAUUACGUACAUGCUGAAGAUUUAGAGAGGAUUGGAAUCAGUAAGCCUGGUGUUCGUAGACUAUUUGAUGCAGUCAGGAAGAAGAAAUUGCAAUUAUGGAACCGCAAGUUUUGGAACAAAUUGUUUGGAUCAUCAUCAAGUUCUAUGUCAAGAGAGAAAACUGAUGCUGCACUGAAGCCUCCCCAACCAGCAGAACCUAGAACCACUUGUAUAAUUUUAGAGAAAGAUAUUAUAUUACACAAUGAACUAGGCAAUGGUUCAUUUGGGGUAGUUAAGAAGGGAGAGUGGGUAGUUUCAAAUCACCCUCAGCAGACCAUUCCAGUGGCUGUCAAAGUUUUGAAAGCUGAUGCUUUUUCACAGCCUGGGAUUUAUGAUGAUUUUAGACGAGAAGUGGAAGCCAUGCAUAGUUUGAAACAUAUCAAUUUGAUUAAGUUACAUGGGGUUGUAUUCCAUCCCUUAAUGAUGGUCUGUGAGCUGGCUCCUAUGGGUGCUUUGUUGGAUUAUAUCAGAGCCCAAAAUGGGAAGGUUUCAUUGAACUUUAUAUUAAAGUGGUCCAGCCAAGUGGCAGCAGGCAUGGCGCAUUUGGAGAAAAACAGAUUUCUGCAUAGAGAUCUUGCAUGCAGAAAUAUUUUGCUUUCAACGUUAGAUUUAGUGAAAAUCGGUGACUUUGGAUUGAUGCGAGCUUUGCCCGAUGCGGAUGACUGCUACGUAAUGAGCGAGCGUCGCCGCGUGCCGUUUCCCUGGUGUGCGCCGGAGUCGCUUCGUACCAGGCAAUUCUCGCAUGCUUCCGACGUCUGGAUGUUCGCUGUUGCUCUGUGGGAAAUGUAUACUUUUGGCGAGGAACCAUGGAUGGGCCUGAACGGAUCGGAAAUUUUGCGAUUAAUAAUGCGCGAAGGCCAGCGUCUAACAGCGCCGAAUGCCUGCCCGCCCGACGUUUACAUGCUGAUGAUGCAAUGCUGGGACCUCAACCCCAAGGAGAGACCCACCUUCGCGGGCAUCCUCAGAUAUAUGGAGAUGAACAAGUUUGAGACAGCCGUCGCUGCGCUUAGCUACAAGAGACAAGGACAGAUGACGAUCGAGGCGGGCGACGCCAUCGUGCUCAUAGACAAGCGGCCGGAGCUACACUGGUGGAAGGGGCAGAACCAGAGGUCGCUGGAAGUGGGUUUGUUCCCGAGCACUUUAGUAUCAGCUACCAAAAGCAAGCAGGGCGCAACGGCGAAGAAAUCUCACACUUUGUCUCCCGUGCGAAAAGCUUCUAUCCAAUCUUCAUCAUCCACCCUUCUCCAAACAAACGGUGCCAUAGACUCCGUGGCACUCCGCAAAAGACGCACCAUAGAGUCCACGCAGCCUCCCUCCAUACGCGGAGGCAACACGGGCAGCAAACAUUUCAACUAUAACAAACUGGUCAAUGAUAGGACACUGAAAACGGCAGAAAGGAUGUCGAGGUCUGCGAGGGACGCGUAUUCGAAAAGCUUGAGCCAAGUAAAAGAGGACCUGUUGAUCGACCUGGAUUUGCCUCCGUGUCCCCGAACGGGCGCAGCAAAGACAUCGACCUCCAACAACGUGUCCAUACUAGACGAGCCCAUCGACGUACCUGAAAUUAAUCUAGAACCUGACUGGGGAGACCCGAGUAUAGAGAGCCUUCCAUCCUACAGCUCCAACUCAAGAACACAGCCAAACCUCUACGGUGCCAAGUCGUUAGAUAACUUAUCUAUGCUAAAUAAUAUCACCACAAACAGUAUAACAACCCAGCCAGACCCCUUCGACACAUCACAAUUUUGGCCAACAUCCAACCAAACCACCCCGCGACCUAACUACGAUAUUCAAGUUGAUGAUAUUCCUAACAAUAGACAAGAAUCUCAUAGGUAUUCCGCAGAUAAUCUCCUAGCCUCGACCAGUUCAGACUCGACACAAAUAUACAACAACGUACCACUAAAUAACUCAUCACAACCUAAUAAUUCUCUUUAUGGUGCUAUACCUAGUUCUAAUGCUCUCUCUAUAGAAAGAAAUGUCAAUGAACCCAGCGUAGCCACCGCUUUAGCGCAGUUGUCAUUGGACGACAGAAUAUCAGAAUCAUUGAAUCUCAGAUACAAGAAUACGAAUAGUGAUAAUAUUUACUCGAAUAGCGGCAUUUACGGCGACGCGCAAUCUUCGUCAGCCGAUGCUAACCACUCGAAUAAUCGAUAUAAUGACAUACCCGUUUACAACAAUUACGAUGUGAACUCUUCUCAGCAGCAAUUUAUAUUGGAAACUAAGGAUUAUUAUAAGAAAUUGUCGACGCCGAUCGGUGCUAAAAAUACGAACGAUUACGAGAAGAAUAUAUACGUUCCUAAAUACGAAGACGACGGUGAGAAGUUGAGGAACUUUAGUGAUUCGAUGGAGAAUUCUAAGAAUUAUUCCGCGAUGAAGUAUCAGAAUGUUGAAUAUGGUAAUUAUUCUAAUUAUAGUAGUUUUUAUGGGUCAAGUAUUGCGUCUACGUCUAGGGAUGUUUAUGAUGAAGUGAACGAUACGGCCAGUAAUGUGUAUAGUGAGAUCGGUGAGGGCGGGUACAGUGCUGCCACCUACAGCAACACCGCGCUCUAUGACGAAGUGUGCGAGGAGCCCGUGCCGCGCCCACACCGGCCCGCGCCGCCCAGACCUUCCAAACCUUAAUUCACUUACUGAAUUUAAAAGACUUUGAUUGGUCAGACAUGUUUGUUUUGAUAAGCCAUUUACGAUUCGAAAGAAGAAAGUUUAUUAAUUUUGGUAGCUUUCCUUUUCUAUCUUUUAUUAUCUAUCUUAGCUUUUUCUAUCUGAAGUCGGUGUAUCAUUUUAAAAUGGUUUGUUUCAUAUUAGAGUGAACAGGAUCAAAAGUUCAUUCCGUGAACAAAAAUAGCAUAAGACGAAAGACGUGGAAAGUUUGUAUAUAUUUUGUCACUUAUAUGUUUUACUACUUAUGCGGCUUCGGGGAAUGGAAUGUUGCUCUUCUAACCUUAGGAAUAUCAAGCUAUUAAUUUUCUGUCUUUUAGCUAGUUCAAUAACAAUUCUGCAAUAUUACUAAAUUAAAAUAUGGUUUGUUUAUUAUGGAUUCAAAACGAUGUAAACAAAUCUUCAUGAUUCUCUAUGAUAAAAAUCAUCUCGUGCAAUAGGUUUAUAUUGGGUCAUAGUUAGUUUAUAUUUAGUCGAAGUAAGCAUAAUAGGUCCAAAAUUAAGAAUUUUUAAUUUUUUUAAAUAAUAAUAAAUUUAACAUAAAACAUAAAACAAAUUACAAAAAAUAUAAUUCAAAUGUUAUCCUGUGCCUUUCAUACAUAUAGUUUUAAUACAAGAAAUGUUAUAAUAGUCAGCCUUCAAUAUUUUUAUUCUUUACCUUUUUGUUGUGAUGCUUAAGCAACCAUAUACUCAUUUUUACACAUUGUAAUUAAUAAGCUAAAUAAAUUAUAUUAUUUUAAGUUACAUUUAAGUCGAUUGAGUGCUUUGAAUGCAGAAUCAAUGUUCGUUGUACGCAUGGAUAUUUUUAAAUUUUAUAUUUAUAUUGAAAAUAACCAAGCGCCUCUCUACAUAUGUAAAACCUAAAAAAUCCUAUGCUAAGCAAAAAUACUGUUUUUAUCCAUGGAUUGGAUAUGUACAUUGUUCACAGACAAAAUCUAGCUAGAUUCCGCACGUACACCCAUCAAUGAAGACCAAGCGUACCUAUCACAUUUUUCUGUUUACUGUAAAUACUACAAGCUGAAAUAAAGGUUAAAAUAUCUUUUUGCUCCUAACUGCUUAUGUCGAUUUGUGACGAUCAAUUAUUUAAUGAUAGUUUGUAAAAAGGUCCGUUUGACAAGCGAUUUGGCACUUGAGGGGUUAGUUAACAUGUUUUGCUCUCAGUCAGUUAUCGGAAAUUACACAUGGAAAAUUUUUAUUGGCAAAGGAAAUUUUCACGGCAUGCUUGGACAUUGAAACUGAUUGAAAUAUUUAUUUUCACAUUUUCAUGGAAGUUUAAUUUGUCAUCGCCCAAGCUGUGAAAAUGCCCUUAACGAAUAAAAAUUCUAAUAAGGCUCUUAGAUUUUAUUAUUAAAAUAAUUUUUCAAUUGGCGGCUUUUAUCUACGUUAUUUUAAUGAUGUGACUUGUAAAUAGUGCAGUGCUGUAUUUUACUAGUUCUAUAGAGUGUUCGUUAGGAAACUGUCAUUUCAUGACAAUUUAAUGGUUUUAUUAACGUUAUUAAAUACACUGAUCAGAUUGACCGAUAUUCAUUUAACAAAAAUGGAAAAUGAUCAAAUCGUGGAAAUUAUUCUGAUGUUCUGUUAUAAAAAAAGUAUGACAAAGCAUGAUAGCAAAAUUAUUUGUGAUAUUAGUUGAAAAAUUGAUGAUGUAGUAAUUAUAGUGGAUUUAAUAACUAAGUUGAGAACUUGUCAUAAGUCUCGAAUACUUUUCGUUUGUAGUUGUUUAAGUUAUUUAAUUUUUAUAGGUUAGGAGUUUUGUGAUCAAACACAAAUUAUUUACUAGCAAAAAAGUGCUAUUAAUUUAUCUUAUGAGUGUGGUGUAUUUUUGUUAACAUUUUCCCUCAAAACAGUCGAGGUAUCAGUAUUUAUUAUAAAUAUUUAUAUCAAGAGACAGAAAAACAUCACAUGGUGCCUCACCAUUACGUACCUGUUAGAUAAGUUCGCCAUCACAAACCACAUCACAGUUAAACCAUGAUCCAAUCUAGGUUAGAUUCUCAGCGGUCACGGAGGUCAGAAAUCUGUACAUGUUGGUACCUUCUUUGAAAGGUUCUGUGCAAAGCGGCCUCAACUCUCAGGAGAGGAGCUCUGAAGAGAAUGGUUAAAUUUGAUGCAUUUUUGAAGGCAGUAUUAUUAAGAGUGUAUGCAAUAACCUUAAAUAAAACGCCCGGGCUUCGAAAACUAGUCUUCAGAAUCGAAUCUUGAGAUCUCAUUUUCAGGAGAAUCUAACCCAUGUUGGGUCAUAGAUACACAUGUUGCCUGAAUGUGCAGGUUUUACUUACGAAGUUUUCCCUUCAUCAUAACUCAGUAAAUAGUCAUUGGUUCAGCGAGACUAAUUUAACUAAGUUAUUUUUAAACAUUACUUUUAUUACUAAUGUAUCCCUGCUCAGUACCAACGUAGGUAUUUGUAUUUCAAUGCAGCUAUCGAUAAUUAAGAGUUUGUUUUAUAAUUGAUGAUUACUUUUUUAAAAUUAUGGUAGCAUUAGGGUUCAGAUUUGUACGAUCCCAGUUGUAGUCGAUCCAAAUUGAGAGGAAAUAUACUUGCCUAUUAUUUCUUGUGUAUUAUAAAGCCUCCAUGGAUAAAUGAACGCAUUUUAAGCUGUUGGUUCUUAUCGCCAUCUGUCGGUCGUUUUAUAUACCUAAAUGAAAGAUUCCGUUACGCGGUUUUGUUUUAAAAUCCCAUUUCAGAUGGUAAGCAGUAUCGGUUGAAAUGGAGUCAGUGAGAAAUACCUACUUAAAAAAUAAUUGUAAUAAUAAUUUAGCAUGUGGAGUAUACAGAGGACACUGAUCGGAAAUAAACAAACAUGUAACAAUGUAAAUUGUAAAAAUGUAAAAUAUAACCUUAACAAAAAUAA